AUGGAAGAAAUUGGUAUUGUCUUGCCGGAAAGGGAUGAUAGUCAGGAUGCCAAACCCACUCUCCCUAAUUUGAAUAAUGUUGAGGCAUGUUUAGACAGUUUGGACCAUUAUUCUAGAUACAAGCGCUUACAAAGGUAUUUGGAAUUUUUGACUGUACAAGAAGAAUAUAUUAAAGAUGAACAACGUAAUUUAAAAAAAGAAUACUUACACGCACAAGAAGAAGUGAAACGUAUUCAAAGUGUCCCACUUGUAAUUGGUCAGUUUUUAGAAGCAGUUGACCAAAAUACUGGUAUUGUUGGAAGUACUACUGGAUCAAACUAUUAUGUACGUAUAUUGUCAACAAUCGAUCGAGAAUUGCUUAAACCAUCUGCUAGUGUUGCAUUGCAUAAACAUAGUAAUGCUUUGGUCGAUGUAUUACCACCAGAAGCAGAUUCUUCUAUAUCUAUGCUACAGGCUGAUGAAAAGCCUGAUAUUCAAUACGCUGAUAUUGGAGGUAUGGAUAUGCAAAAACAAGAAAUUCGAGAAGCUGUUGAAUUGCCACUUACACAUUUUGAGCUAUAUAAGCAAAUUGGAAUUGAUCCACCACGCGGUGUCUUAAUGUAUGGACCACCCGGUUGUGGUAAAACUAUGUUAGCUAAAGCUGUGGCUCACCAUACUACUGCUGCUUUUAUUCGUGUAGUUGGUUCAGAGUUUGUCCAAAAAUACUUAGGAGAAGGACCACGUAUGGUACGUGAUGUUUUCCGUUUGGCUAAAGAAAAUUCACCUGCUAUAAUAUUUAUUGAUGAAAUUGAUGCAAUUGCUACUAAACGUUUUGAUGCACAAACUGGAGCUGAUCGUGAAGUACAGCGAAUAUUACUUGAACUUCUUAACCAGAUGGAUGGUUUUGAUCAAACAACUAAUGUUAAAGUUAUAAUGGCUACCAAUCGAGCUGAUACAUUAGAUCCAGCUUUAUUGCGUCCUGGUCGUUUGGACCGAAAAAUUGAGUUUCCAUUGCCUGAUCGUAGACAAAAGCGUUUAGUAUUUUCAACAAUAACAGCCAAGAUGAAUCUCAGCGAAGAAGUUGAUUUAGAAGAUUAUGUGGCCAGACCAGAUAGGAUUUCUGGAGCUGAUAUAAAUGCAAUUUGUCAAGAGGCUGGAAUGCAUGCUGUACGUGAAAAUCGUUACAUUGUGUUACCUAAAGAUUUUGAAAAAGGAUACAAAAACAAUAUCAAAAAGGAUGAAUCAGAACAUGAAUUCUAUAAAUAA